AUGGCAUCCAGCAAGAUUGUAGCGGUGCCUGUUGUCUUCACCCUCGCCUUGCUCCUUGUUGCCUAUUGUGCGGAGGCAACAAUCUGCUCAAGGAAAAAUCCUUCUUACCCUGGCUCGUGCAGGAGCAAUAAGGACUGUGCAAACUCGUGUACUCAACAUGGGCUUGGCACUAGCGGGUACUGCAAGGGCAAUGUCCGCUUUUUCAAAACAUGCUUUUGUACCUUUGAAUGUCCGGGGGGAGGGGGAGGGGGAGGGGGAGGAGGAAAUCCGCCAGGAGUCAAGCCGCUAUCCAACGGGCACUAG